CACAAACUCACACGAGCGUCUCUUCUAAAAUCAAAAUCACCUGGAUGGACCCACCCAACUACUCCUCCAACAAUCAAUCGCAGCCGUUCAUUGAAACGUGAAAUCACGAAACUACCCUCCGUUUUUCAACUUAUCUACACGAACCUGCCCUUUGCCGCGAGUGUCCCAGACUCCCAUGUGGCCAAACUCAGUCACAGCUCUCAAGCCCAACUACCUCUUUUUGCUCAUGCAAAGGCACGAAAUUCGAGGAUUUCAGACAGGCCCGCAUAGAUUUCUCCAAUCUACUGUCACUUUCUCACUAAGUACUCACUUUCUCUCUCUCUCUCUCUUUCUUGGCCUUGUUCUACCUUCUUUGCCCACUACACUUUCAGCUUCAGACAUGUCCGAGAUUCUCUGUUUUCUAGUUCUAAACUAGAUUUUGAACCACCAACUUUGCCGGAAUCUGACUUUCAUUUCAGACCCAGAAAUUAUUUUCAGUAGGUAAUGUUUUCAACUUAUCCUAAAAUGGAAUAAUGGACGAACAAAACUGGACAAUUGGAGCAUAUUUUGAGAUUCUUGAUAUUAUACCUGUUAUUGUGGGGAUUAUUACAAGGAUUGAGCCUGCUAGCUAGUCAAGGAUGAAGAGGAGGAAUCUGUGUAGAAACAAACAUCCGUUUGAUGCUUAUCCUUUUGAAGCUCUAUUCUAUGGUUCAUGGGAAGCAGUGGAGCUUAUCAGAAUUGUGAAUGGGUCUAUGACCAUGCAUUUCGAGGAUUUUCAGACUGUAAUUCAGGAGAAAAGUCCAAUUGCAAACCUUCGUAUACGGUCAAGGCAAGCUACUUUAUCUGACUGCACCUGCUUUCUGAGACCCGGUGUUGACAUAUGUGUGCUUUCAGCCUCUCAACAAGGAAAUAGUUCAGAUGAGGGAAACCAGGAGGUGUGGGCUGAUGCUAGAAUAAGUUCUAUUGAGAGGAAGCCUCAUGACUAUCGUUGUUCUUGCCAGUUUUAUGUUAACUUCUAUGUUAAUCAAGGCCCUCUAGGUUCAGAGAGAGGAACACUUAGUAAAGAGGUUCACAUGGUAGGAAUUGAUAAAAUUGCUAUCCUCCAAAGGCUUGAAAGAUUUCCUUGUGAAGAUCGGCACUAUCGGUGGGCUGCCUCUGAGGACUGUUCUUCAUUGCCCAAAACUAAAUUGUGUCUGGGGAGAUUCUUAUCUGACCUUUCAUGGUUACUUGUAACAUCGGUUUUGAAGCAUACUACAUUUGAUGUAAGAUCAGUGAAAAACAAGGUUGUGUACCAAAUUUUGGAAGUUGAUGAUGAUAGCUGUACAACAAACUCUGGUAAUUACUUAAGUGCUGUAAAUUUAAGAGUAGAAAAUGAUAUUGUAGAACCCAUUGUACUAAAAUUUGUUCCGGCUGAAGCCAUUGAGGCAGCUCCAGCUUGUGAAACGCGUGAAGCUGCAUCACAACCAUUUUAUGAUCUUAUGGACUUGCGACGCUCUAAACGUCGAAAUGUACAACCUGAACGCUUUCUUGGCUGUGACAGUGGUUCAGAGAUAGAUAUUGGCUAUGUCCGAACCAGGCCAUACAAGAUAGAACAAUGGAAAGACGAGGAAAUGUCAUUACCACUAUCCUACCUGUUUGGUAUGAAUGCAAGCUGUUCCGAAGAGCAUAAUGAGGUUGAACAAAAGGUCCAUAAGGUCCAUAAGGUCCAUUCUCAUGCAUUACGUCCCUGUGAGGAUCUUCUUUUGCCCAAAAGCAAGACUAAAUCAAAGGCAGCAAAAUCAAGUGUGGCUGGUAAAAAAGAACGUCAAACUCAACUUGCUAUUGUUCCUUUCCGAGAUGAAAGUGCUCCAAUAGCCUUUGAACACUAUCAUCAUCCUGCCAAGAGUCAUGGACAUCACAGAGAAGAUAUGCGUGAACUUUCUUCCAAGUAUUAUUACAUGAAUAGUUUUCCUAAAGCACAGAAAAGAAAAAUUUCUGGAUUAGAAGAUUUGGAGUUAGAAGCUAGUUGGGAAGGAAAAGCGUCAGAUAGAAAAUUCCAAGGAAGAAGAUAUAAUUCAGUAUGUGCAAAAAGGGAUGUUCUUAGUGAAGAAAGAACCUAUCAGAAGAGAACCUUAAGUGCUGGUGCAUACAAGGAUUUAAUCAAUUCAUUCUUGAAGAAAAUGGAUACCACAUCCACAAAAGAAGAGCCGCAGAUCAUUGACCAGUGGCAAAAAUUUAAGGAAACAGCAAGCUUGAACCAUAGAGAGAUGGAACCACCCCAAGAAGAGGACGAGGGAGAGAUGUCAGAAACUGAAAUGCUGUGGAAAGAAAUGGAACUAGCUAUGGCAUCAAGUUAUCUUUUUGAAGACAAUGAAGGAUCAGAAGCCGGAGGGUCCACUGGGAUCAUGAACAAUUCAGGUGAAAUUUGCCAGCAUGAAUACAAAUUGGAUGAAGAAAUUGGAAUUCUUUGCCGCAGAUGUGGUUUUGUGAGCACUGAGAUAAGAGAUAUUUCAGCACCCUUUAUGCAAUACACCAGCUUUAACACAGAUGACAAGCGAUGCAAUGAAGAAGAUUCAGCACACAAGCUGGAAGAUGAUGAGGGUUUGCAUAUUUUACAUACUAAAGCCUCCUCUGAUGUGCCGUUAUCAGAAGAAAAUGAGAACGUGUGGGCCUUAGUCCCUGAACUUAGAAAGAAAUUGCACUUCCACCAAAAAAAGGCUUUUGAAUUUUUGUGGCAAAAUAUUGCUGGAUCUAUGAUACCGGCAAAGAUGGAAAAAGCUUCCAAGAAAACAGGUGGUUGUGUUAUCUCUCAUACUCCUGGAGCUGGGAAAACUUUUCUCAUUAUAUCAUUCCUUGUUAGCUAUUUGAAAUUGUUCCCUGGAAAACGACCCUUGGUUCUUGCUCCAAAGACCACACUCUAUACGUGGUACAAGGAGUUUAUUAAGUGGGAAAUUCCUAUUCCAGUUUAUCUAAUUCAUGGUCGUAGAACGUACAGAGUCUUUAAGCAGAAAUCAGCACCAUUUCCGGGAAUUCCAGGAGGUCCGAAACCCACUGAUGAUGUAAUGCAUGUUUUGGAUUGCCUAGAGAAAAUACAGAAGUGGCAUGCACAUCCAAGUGUUCUCGUCAUGGGCUAUACUUCAUUUCUAACAUUGAUGCGGGAAGACUCAAAAUUUGCACACAGAAGAUAUAUGGCUAGAGUGUUGCGGGAAAGUCCAGGGAUAUUGGUACUAGAUGAAGGGCACAAUCCUAGAAGUACAAAAUCUAGGUUGAGGAAGGUUUUGAUGAAAGUUGAAACUGACCUGAGAGUGUUGCUUUCUGGUACAUUGUUUCAAAACAAUUUCUGUGAAUAUUUCAACACCCUCUGCUUGGCAAGACCCAAGUUUAUAAAUGAAGUUUUGAGGGAAUUAGACCCAAAAUACAAGAGGAAAAAGAGUUGGAGAGACAAAGCACUACAUUUGAGAGAAGCCCGAGCAAGAAAGUUCUUCUUAGAUACAAUUGCAAAAAAAAUUGAUUCAAACGUAGGAGAAGAGAGGAUGAAUGGUCUAAACAUGUUGAGAAAUAUCACAAAUGGAUUUAUAGAUGUCUAUGAAGGUGGAAGUAGUGAAAACCUUCCUGGUUUACAGAUUUACACCUUGUUAAUGAAUUCAACUGACAUCCAACAUGAUGUUUUGGUGAGACUGCACAGGAUAAUGGCUGAAUACCAUGGAUAUCCACUGGAAUUAGAGCUUUUAAUAACCCUUGGGUCAAUACAUCCAUGGUUAGUUAAAACUGCAGUCUGUGCUAACAAGUUUUUUAGUAUGGCGGAACUAAUGGAGCUUGAAAAGUACAAGUUUGAUUUAAAGAAGGGGUCAAAAGUAAGGUUUGUUUUGAACCUUGUGUAUCGUGUUGUCAAGAAGGAGAAGAUACUGAUCUUUUGCCACAACAUUGCACCUGUUAAAUUGUUUCUUGAGUUAUUUGAGAAUAUCUUUGGGUGGCGGAGGGGUAGAGAAGUUUUGGUCCUUACAGGGGAUUUAGAAUUAUUUGAACGAGGAAGAGUGAUGGAUCAAUUUGAGGAGCCAUUUGGGCCCUCAAGAGUACUACUUGCUUCAAUUACAGCUUGUGCUGAAGGCAUUAGUUUGACUGCAGCUUCUCGAGUGAUCUUACUGGAUUCAGAGUGGAACCCUUCCAAGACAAAGCAGGCUAUUGCAAGGGCUUUUCGCCCUGGUCAGCAAAAGAUGGUUUAUGUGUAUCAGCUCUUGGCAACGGGCACACUGGAAGAAGACAAGUAUCGUAGGACAACAUGGAAGGAGUGGGUCUCAAGUAUGAUUUUUAGCGAGGCAUUUGUGGAGGACCCUUCACGCUGGCAAGCCGAAAAGAUUGAAGAUGAUAUUUUAAGGGAAAUGGUGGAGGAGGACCGUCAUAAAUCAUUCCAUAUGAUCAUGAAGAAUGAAAAGGCUUCAACAAAUUGAUCAGAGAAGUAUGGAAAUGGAGAUAAGAGCUUACCGAGGUGCCGAACCGAGUAGUAAGCCUGCACUCCACUAUUGUCAAAGCAUUAUAUUUAUACGUUCCCAAAAUGGAAUGUACUUCCAGUGAAGGUGAACUGCAUGUCCAUUUCAAAUGCAGUUUAUUUGUUGUCCAGGGUUGGCAAUUUUGACUUUGGAUAGAAUAGAAUGACGGAAAAGAAUAUAUGUAGCCAAGCUUGACUAGUCUGUCAAGGAUCUAUAGCUGAUCCCAAAAUUUUGGGACGAAGUCUUGGUUGUUGUUGUUGUAUUUGUAAGUGGGUUGGAAAUUUUGAAGUGGUAAAAAUUGUUUUACCUUGCGAGAGUUCUGCAUAGCUCUAAGAAAUAUCAAUUUUAUGUAGAGUUAACUUGUUUGUCAAGUGAGCUAUCUUAUUGUAAUUUCGUCCUUGACUAUGUUACUGGAAUCAAAGCCUAUUUUUCAAGACAAUGUAGUUUCUAUAUAAUAUAUAUGUAUCAGUGUAUCACCAUGAAUACCUCACGUUCCAAGAUGAGUAUAUUAUAAUGUUUU